UCUUUUGACAUCAUUAGCAAGUAAUCCAUCAGGAAAAUCAAUAAUACUUGACUUUGUUACUGAUACUGUUGAUGAUACGUUAAAUUGUAUUGAUAAACAAGGAUUACCUGAAGUUUCGCGUGGAUUAUUGUCCUUAUUUUUGGACUUUAUAAACACCAGUAGCACCGCGAAUUUCGUAUAUGAUCUUAUUAUGGAAUUUUUAUUUUCAAUAUGUAAUCAUUCUAUAAUAAGUUCUGGGGUUGUUAUCCCUGCAAUUGAUGAUUUAUCACUUAUUAUUGACAAUUUAUUGGAUUAUGUGAAGAUAGGAAGGAAUGUCCGGCUUCAGAAUCAAUCAUUGAUCAUUUUGAAAAAAAUAGUAGAAACAGAAAUAGGUGUAUUAAUAGUCUUAACUAAACAAGAAUAUCGGCAAUUUAUUGGUAAUAUGAUUACCUGGGUCCCAAAUCUUUUAAGAUCACCAGAUCUCAGAAUGCAAGACUUGAAUAUUGCAUAUAACUUAGUGGUUUUUAUUCUAAAGGUCAUCUCGUAUAUUCCUCGCAUCGACGAUGAAUCAAUUGAUAUUGAAGAAAUUAACUCGCUAUCGAUGUUAAUCGAAGCUCAUAAAGAUCUCGAAAUUCUUAAUGCAUAUGAUAAUAUCGAACAACAUGUUCUCGAGCUUUCAUUCGAUUCUAAUCGUAUUGAUGAGGACAUUAUACUUGACAAUCAUUUAUGUCAAUCAAUUGUUAAUGUAAUCCGUACAUUAAAGGAGCAUUUACAUGCCUAUGCUCGCACAUUAAAACAAAACGACCGUUCAGUCAACCGAGAUGAUGUUAUAAAAAAAUAUGACCUGAGAAUGCUAGAAGUUGCUAAAACACUUCAUAAUGACAAUGUUUCAUCAAACAAUGGGAUUAAUAGAGCAAGUAAUUUGGGCGCAAUAAUUGAUGAUUAUCCAGAUAUUCCUUUUUACGAUGUUGUGGAGGAUCCUGAAGGAAAAGACAUUGUGGGUGGAUUAUUUAAUGAACCUGAUGUAGAUAUAGAUUUUGAUGCUUUUUCUAAGGAGAUGUUACCUAACUUCCAAUUUCAUAAAAAAAUGAAAAUGUCUGAGGAUAAUUCGGCCACAGGCAGGAAGCUUUUAAAAACACGCACAUUGAGCAAACUAGGUGGCAUCGCAUACGAGAGCAAUGCACGACGAAAUCUUGGAGGAGGUAAAACGUAUCAAAAAAAUGAAUUUCGUAGCAUACAUAACAAUCGAAAAGCGAAUACCAGUCGUCCACCUUCGGUUCAUGUAGAUGAUUUUAUGUCUGGAAAAAUCCCAGCAAACCAGCAACAUCCAGACAUGAUGGCCCCAGCAUCCACAGCUACGACAUCUGCUAAUGUAACAUCUACAAAAAAAAUGAAUGUUUCCAAGCGCGGAGGAAUCACAACAGCAGUUCCUAGCACUCAAGUAACUACGAGUAGCCGUGGCGGACGCGGACGACGACCCAGUACGAGCUCAACAUCGACUUCACGCGGUGCUUCACGCGGUGCAAGUAGCAGCCCUCCAUCCCUCCCGAUGUUGAUGGGUCAGCCAAUAUCAAAAUAUAAUAUUGGACGGAUAGACGGCCAACGUGAUUAUACCCGUUAUGAUAACCAAACCAUGCGUACGGGUUAUUACGAUAAUCAAUAUUAUGGCAUUCCAUCGCCAAUGACACCUUAUGAUCGCCCACCUGUACCACAAUCUGCACCAGGGCUAGGUCCUAGAAUCAAAGGAGAAAACAGAGGACGAACGAUUGCACAAGAAUGGCCUCCACGCUCCGUUACUUCUCAACCAGCACGACGGCCUGAGCGUCCGUUUGGUAGAAGAUGA